AUGAGUUAAAACAAUAUAUAAACAAGUCUGGCAAUUUCAAAAGGUAAUUUUGCUUUUUGUUUGUCAAAUGAUGAAAAACUAUUAAUCAUUAUCUAAAAUGAUCGAUUAAUUUCCUAUGAAUUAUCCACAGGCAAAUAAAACAUUAUAACUCUAUUUGAUGAAAUUAACUUAAAUCAUACUAAGAUUUGUAUAUCAUCAGAUAAUUCUAUCUGUUGUGCAAGUGCAUAAGCUACAAUAAACGGUCAGCUCAGUUUUAUUUUACUUAAAUUCGAUUUAUAAAAAAAAUUAUUAUCUGAAACUUAUUUAAAUUAUCAUUUAAUGUAAGUAGAACUAUUAGAAUUUAUACCUAAUUCUUAAAUAUUGAUUAGCUUAAGUAUUGAUGCCACCAUUAAACUAUUUGAUUUUGCCUAUUAAAAACCAAGGACUAUAUUAACAAGAUGUUAGUAAAGACCCGUUUAUUGUAGAUUAAUAUAAAAUUAGAACAGACUCAUUAUAAUUGAUAAUUUAAGUAAUAUAAAAUUACUUGAUGCUAAAAAUGAAAGAUUGAUAAAAAGUUUCAAAUUAAAACAAGGAAAUUGUCAUAAGGCCAUAGCUGAUGAGAAUGGUAUAAUAGCUUUAUUAGGAAAAUCAAAAAAAUGUUAUUUGUAUAAUUUACCAAAAUAAAAGAUUAUUAGAAAGUAUUAGAUUACUGGUAGUUUUAAUUUGUUUAAAGUUCUUACUGAUUAUAUAAUUUUUUAAGAUAAUGACUUGAUUAUGCUAAUCAAUAUAGCCACUUGUUAAUAAAAGUCUAUAACGUUAAAAGACAUUUAAAAUAUAAAUAACAUGAUUUUUUAAUAAAAUUUGGAUAAAUUAAUCUUAAGUGAUUGGGAAUAGAUACAUAUAUUUGAAAAUAUAUUAUAUUUUUAGGAAUAAUGA